AUCUCUAGCGUCCGGGCCUCUCUGCGCCUGCGCAGGAGGGGGCGCCCGCCCAGAGGAAGGACCCAAGCGGGGCCGCGAAGGGGGCGUGUGGCGAUGACCUCACGACGUCCACAAACGCCUGUCGGGAAGAGCGGAAGCGGGUCUGCUACGCCACACGGGCGCCGGCGAUCGCGGGACGAGGACGAUGACUAAAUACUGCAGGGCGCCCAACUGCUCCAACUCCGCCGGGCAGCCCCGGCCGGACCGGCGGCGCCUCAGCUUCUACAAGUUCCCCCUGCACAACCCUGAGCGUCUCCGGCAAUGGCUGUCCCAGAUGAACCAGGAGAAGUGGGUCCCGACAAAACAUCAGCACUUGUGCAGUGAGCACUUUGCACCAUCUUGUUUCGAAUACCGAUGGGGUGUGCGCUACCUGAAGCCUGAUGCCAUUCCUACCAUUUUCCAGACCUCAGAUGGCCCGCUGAAGAGGGAGAACCCUGCAAGGCUUCCAUCUGAAGUUCCAGCCAAGAAGCUCCUCCUUGAACACCAGGCUGAGAGCAGCAUGCUGGAGCCUCAAGCCACGAGCUGCCAGGAGCCACAGGCCAUGGAAACGCUCGCCCUCGCCAUUGACCCCCGGGUGGCGGCCACCCCAAUCUAUGUGGAAACCCAGCCUCCUGCCUCUGAUCUAGCGCACCCCACCCUUUCUGGCCCACUCGUUGGGGCCAUGAAUCUGGUUCCUUUGGUUCAGAUUGUGGAGCCCCUCAAGGCCAUGACGCUGGCAGUAGCUUCCCCCGCAGAGGCUGCCUCCGGCCAGCCUUUGCUAGACUCUGGUGAGCAGCAGGUGGUUGAUUUUGUGACCUCCGUGACAUCUGCACCCACCCUGGAGGCUGUGCCAAGCUCGGGGCAGUUCUGUGCAGAAGUGGCAGUGCCCUGUAAGGUGGUAGCAACAGAUCAGCCGCCGCUCCACGCUCUGGUGACCGGCCAUCCCGUGGCAGCUGAGCAAGGCGCCCUGAUCAUUGAGAAUGUCUCCAUCGAGCCGUUUUUGGAGGCAGACUCGACUGCAGCUGCCGCUGCCGCCGUCCUCAGCUCCCUGCAAGAAUCCUCCACUGAGAUGGUGGCCUACUUUGAGACCAUCCCAACAGCUCCCCUCGCAGCAGUUGCCUCCUCUCAUGUGAGCCCCCCUGAGACUGUGCUCUCCUCUGCCCUCAGCCUCCCCAUUGUCUCCACUGUGCCCAUCAUCUCCACUCAGGCCUCUCCAGAGGCCUCCGCAGCUGAGCAGCAGGAAGAGGAGGAGGAGGAGGAAGAAGUAGAAGAAGAAGAAGAGAAGCUGGAGGAGCUGAGCUCAGCCGAGUCCUUGGAGGAGCAGCUGGAGGAGCAUCGCUACCACAAGAGUGAGGAAGGGACUGCCGCUGAUCUGGUGGAAGUGGUGAUGGGUCUCCAGAAGAAGGUGAAGGUGCUCCAGCAGAGGCACCGCCGGCACUGCGCCAAGCUGGAGGCCAUGGAGGGGGUGGUGGAGCAGCUGAGAAAGGAGAACUUGGUGUCCGAGGAGAAGCUGAAGCUCCUGGAAAUGGCCUGCUUGCAGUCUAGUGCCAUCGUACCAGAGAGCGGUGGCACAGUCGCCAUCAUCUGUCAGGACAACGACCAGGCACUCCUCUAUGCUGUGCCCCAGCUGCCAGAAGAAGGAAACGAGACCAUCCUCCACAUGGAACAGCCGUAGCCCCAGGCAGUCGGAGGGGAGCACGGAGCAACCCCUCUCUGCAUUCGACUGGGCCAAAGGGGGCCCUUCCUGGCAGCAGCCCAAGGGGUCUGUGCCCUCAGCCAGCAGAAGGGCAGGCCUGGCUGUGCCAAGCCUUUCUGGGUUUCAGCUGUUUACUUGAUGGCCUUAUUCCUGUGGCACCUUAUUUUGUGUGGAGGAGGGCUGGGCUUCUUCAUUCUUUUUCUGUCUGAAAUAAUUGCAUAUAAAAUGGUCUUUGUGGGGAAAUGAACCCCUGGCUGAAGGUGUCUUCACCUCCUUGGAACCUGAUGCCGCUGCUUCCACCUCCUUCACGAGCCAGACGUUCAGAUUUCCUUACAUGCUUGCGCUUCAAAGGGAGCCAUAGGCAGGGCUGGCAGCCCCUUCACAGAGGGUAACGGCAGUAGGUCUAAAAGCCACGCUUGCCCACUCUUUCAAAAUGGUGCCUUUUUGAGAUGUCCCUGUGUGUGUGUGUGGGGGGGUGCCCUUUCUCUUCCCAGCCUCUGGGGAUCUACGUGACUGGUGGCCUCCCGUCGUCUUUUUCAUGAAUGGAGUAGCGAGGAUGCGGCAUUUGUGCAUGCCUGUCCUUUGUGCACGGCUAGGAGUACGGUUAUGUAGACAAGGGGUGAUGAGGAGCACAAGCUGUCAGGCUAUACACGUACCAGGCUCUAUAAGGGGACAACAAAACUUAUGGAUGGCAAGAGUUCCAUAGCAAGACUGAAACUAGUGCACGAGGUACUGGGUUGUGUCUAGUGCAUUUGGAGGAGGACUAUGCAAGUUCUACUUGCGGGGGGGCUUUUACUAGAAUCUCCUACUAAUUAGAGCCAGGUGUAAAAAACAGACAGAGUUAAAAAGCUGAAAACCCAGGAACGGUUUUAACUAGGAAGGAUUAAACAGGAAAAUAUAUAACUUCCGUUGCUUCUCUGAAUCCCUUGGUCUUAUAAUUAGCUACUCAUCAAGUCCUCUUUCUUUUUCUUUUUUUCCGGCACCGGCAGUUGGAGGUUGUGUGUGCUGCCUUACGGCUGGGUCUUAACAUUUUCUCAGUGACAUUAUUUUUGUCUGAUAGGCAGCAAGUCUUCCCAGCUACCUGGGAGAUAAAAUAAUGGUGUCCCAACUUGAGAUAGUAAGUGACUGUGCUUAUGAAUCAUUUCUGAUUCUUAGUUGAGACUUCUAAUUUUUUAACAUGGGGCUUUAUAAAUGAAAAUUAACCCAUGAAUUGGAGGAAAAUAUUAAAACAGAAAUUAAAAAGUGGGGCUGUGAAUGCUGGCAGAAAAGGGAAAAUUGAGAGUGGAUUUAAGUGUUGUAAUUUAAAUGAAUGAAUAAAUAAAUAAAUAUAGAAGA